AUGGAUAUUCGAAGUUCAUUCAGCGCUCAAUUACAACUUAUUGGUUUACUGUGUGAUUUCUCAAAUAUUACCUUGGUCAAUAGUCUUAACGAGAUGUCAAACACUCAAUUAAUUACUCGAGAAGUCAUCUCGUCUAUUAUUCUUCAAACUCAAGUCGAUGAUUUAGUUGAUAAUUUUCGAAUUCAAAUUUCAACGACACUCGAUCGUACUUUGAAACUUAUUCGUGAGACAUCAGUUGGCAACCUACUCGUAUCGGGGUGGAAAACCGAUGCUUCUGCAAUUUUAUUCGCUGCAAAUGCUGCUGGUGAUCUAUGGGCUGUUAUUGAAAUGAAUAUUCUUCCUCAAUCUGCCGAUGGAUUACCUUGCUAUUGCUCAACUACAUUUCAGUGUCGAAGUCGAGCGGCCAUCUAUCAAGAGACAGAUCCUGGUAAUACGGCUGGAGAUUAUGCGACUUCAUUUAAUAUCUCGAUGAUUAUUGACUCAUUUGAAGGGUUCGUGAGCAGUUGUGUUCCACUUGAAUCCCUUCUCAGCUCUACCCUCGAGUGUUUUUUCAAACAGUCUUGUCUUGAUAAGUUUAUUCGUCAUUUUCCUCUCAAGAAAAUACUUGCACUUGACUCGAACUCAUCGUCAUGGUCAUUAAACACAAGUAUUGAGAAGCUCAUUCAGAACUUAUUUAUUGAUCGCCAAAUGGUUUCAGUUAUUUAUAGUACAUUUUUUGCUGCCUGUGAGCCUCUUUACUGCACGUAUACUUUGAAGACACGAAAGACAAUGCUUCAAGUUAUCAUCAAUCUCUUUUGCCUAUAUGGAGGCCUUGUAACCAUUUUUCGUUUUUUCGUACCAAAAAUUGUUUAUUACAUUAUGAGAAGAAAACAGCCUCGGCCAUCGACGACAACAGAACAAAGUAAUUCAAAGAGAAAGAUUCUUACUCUUCUUUUUCUUCAUGUGAUCUCUAUGUUCUAGGCUUACUUUGGCGAGAUCGGCUCAAAAAGCUACCAUGGGCGUUCUUGAAACAUAUCACGUCUCUGAACUUGUUUUACCAUCCCACUGAGAGUGAACGUCGAAUUCGCAUAGGUCGCUACUUCACAUGGUUAUACCUUGCCUCGUUCUGUGGGAGUAUAAUCGUUAUGAUGUUAUACAUCGGAGUCUCCGUACAAACACAUACUAAAACUGUGUAUAAUCCUUCUCUAAUGCAAUAUGAAAAUAUCUAUGCACAUUAUCCAUAUUCACUUUCAUGCCCUUGCUCUCGUUUAACUAUUGAUUACAACCUUUUCAUACACAUUGAACCAAUUUUUCAUCAAGUAUGUUCAAGUGAAUUGAUCUCACUCGCAUGGCUCCGAUUGCUCGGAGAAUUAUUACAGAAUAUAUUUUAUCUGUAUUACACAGACUUUCGCAUUACUGCCGUCAGCCUAUUUCAGUUGCUUGCUACAUUCUGUCAGCUUGCAAAUAGAACAGUUUUCAAUGCAAUAACUUUAUUUAAUAGUACCCAAUUUAUAAGUUCACAGUCUAUACCAUCUAUAAUAUUGUUACCACGAGCGCAAUCUCUUAUAACUGCAUUUACGCAUCGAGUAGCAGACACAUUUGGUAGACAACUUCGACUCCUGCAGGCUAUAACACAAGGCAAUCAACUACUUUCUGGCACUCUAAAUAAUUUCUUUUUGAAUGUGACUGACAGUAAGCAAGUUGAUAUCAUUCCGACAUACGUCGUUACUGCUAAUCAGACACUAUGUUGGUGUGCGAUCGAUAGUCAUUGUACCGAA